CAGAUAUCUGGAACAAGUACCAGACACGGGAAGCAGCAAGAGUGCCGGUAGUUCCGGUGCCGUUUGAGAUUGUGCUAGACAACAAGUUCGAAAAGCGGGGCGCCGCAACCACGAAGCAGUUCCGGUUCGGGAUGCCAGGCGCGGAGUAUCUGAAGAACAUCAGCACGAAUAGCACCCUUGUCCGGUACUAUAUGUGUGCGAAACUUAAGCCCAGCCGCCUAAACCUCGUUCAGAGCACACGCGGAAGAGAUCGGCGCUUGCAGUGAAGUGCCAAAAAGCGCGAGGCUUGGGCCUCGCUUGCGGUGCGCAUGAGAUACUGAACGUGGUGGCCAGCAGUAGUGGUUUUAUAUUUUCAUACCCUCGCCAGACUACGAAGUCUCCGAGCUCGAGCUUCGUGCUAUCUUCCAGUUCCUUUGCACACUGCCGCCGGUACCUACUUGCUUAGAUGUUUACUCGCUUUGCGGCGUGUUUGGCGUCGCAUUCGUCGCGCAGCAAUUAUGUCGGAGGCUGUUAUUUUGUGCUUCUCAUGAAGAUGAAUACCACCAAAACACAAGAGUGAUUGCGUUCGCCGCAGUUACAUGCGGUCCCAGAGUAUUGCACUUUACGAAUACAGACACCCGGCUUCCUUUUUUGCACCUGCUACGUAGUUGCGGCGCAGGCCCUUCUCCUUGUAUGUUGAAGGGAACAAAUACAGCGCUCGUAAUAUUAAAUGGAGAAGCCAUGACUCGCCUGAUUGUGGCAGACCUCCUUCCACUUUAAAGUUGUUCUGCCCCGAAUAUACAAAACGUUUUUCUAUCAGGACAAAGAGAUCAUGGUGCAGAAGGUUUAUGUAAACCGCGAAGUUAUCGAGCUGUUCCAGGAAGAGGAUGCGCAUGGUAGCCAAACAGAUUACACGGAUACUGCCUUUUAUGUGCCGGGCCUUCGUUUUCCCUUCUACUACAAGAAGGAUCAGGAAGAGCACGCUAUCUCCGACAUGACAGACCUUCCGCGGCUGGGUGGCGCGGAUGAUUACGACAGUGACGAUGGCUGCCGCGCUAGUGAUGAUAAAACGGGCGAACAGCAGCACCGCGACAAAACAGUGCGGGAGAGAGGGAAGGAAAGUGGUGAAGACAGUGCUGCGGACGCCCCUCUGCAGUCGACAAACAAGGAUAAUACUGAUCGCAACGCAGAAACCCCACCCGCUGGUGAAACGCAUGGCCUUCCAACCGGCGCGCCUGUAGCGGUGGUAGGCAGUACUGCAGCUAGCGAGGGACUAGCGCUUGGAGCUAACUUACAGACCCCCGCCGCAUCUUCUCGAAAGCGUGCAAGUAAUGUUCCAGGGAGAUCGGCCGAGCAAGACCCAAAGGCGGCAAAAACGGAACCUUCUUUCACGUCUUCCACACCAGACGCCAUCGGCGUAACAUUGGAGCAGUUCGAACAAUGUGUAACAUUCGUUCGGAAAUGUUUCCGAAGCAUGCGACGCGGCCCGAACGUGAACGAACGGAACAUACGGGUGCACGACCAGAUUGUUCUGACGUGCGAGGGAAAUGCGAAGGUAGGGCCACAAACACGGCUGUGGCUGCAGUCUGCAACGAAGCCCUGGGGUGGUAUGACGUGGGAUGUGCUGGAAGACCUGGUCGUCUCCUCGGUGCAGAUCAUUUUUCGCAGGGCCGACCCGGAAAUCCUGGCAGCGAAACCCCGGGCCCGGGAGGCGUUGCAAAACAUCGCCGGCGUUGUCGCGAAAAUGAAGAGCGGGUUUGUGGCCGCGAAGCUGGUCGGAAACACAGCUGACACGAUCUUCAAACGUGAUGUUCAUGUUGAUGCCCCCGAGAAACUGCCAGAUCAUCCUGCUCAACUGUGUAAACGGGCAUCACUAGUCCACGCGUCCAUUUUCUCGGAGGGGAAGAAAAAGCAGUUGCGGAAGACGUGCGCGGUCCUCCACGUCGAGCAGGUCGAGUACUACCUGUGGCUGGUCCUUAUCUCCUUCCUGCGGGGGUCUGAACGGGGGCACAACUCUCACCUGCAUACCUUCCGGAAAGCCUGGUUGGACGCCGUGCGGGCCAAGAUAUCCGGGGCCGAGGUAUCGCCGUGCGGGGUGGACUCCGAGGCCAAGAAGAAGAAGUCGCCGCGCACCGGGCCAACAGCGUUCACGGGUCACGGGUAUGUCGUCAUUCCGUACGACGGCGAGACCUUGCUACCGGAGCUGAGCGCGACGCCGACAGCAUCGGCGAAGAAAAAAGCGACAGGCAAGAAGGCCCACGACGAUGGACCAGCUUCGAACCGUGACGCGCUUGUGCAGGAAAACGGAGCAGAGACGACGCAGCAGAAAGCGACGACCAGCUCAUCCGCAAAUCACCAGGACCAGUCGGAGAAUCAAAGUUAUCCAGAACAGAUGAUUUUGUCAUGGCAGACUUGUCGUGGGUAGAUUAGUUAUCGCAUUUUGUGCCCCUUUUACCCUUGCUUGCAGCAGGCAACCUCCAACUACGCUUGCAGUUGCAAGCAAAUACGCAUGAUGAGAGGGAAGAAAACGGCAUCCGCAGAAAUUUGUAUAGUCAGGGAAGUGCCCUAGUAUUAUGUAUGACGAGGCAUUGCUGACGAACUGCUUUGUAGAAAUGGAUAACGCAACAUCAGUUUCAUUUGAUGGCAAAGAUGAAUCGAUUCGUUUAUUUGUACAACCCGAAGAGCAGGAAAAAACCCAUCACAUUCCGGCUUCCUCCCCGAUUGUGAAUCCCGGCGGUGCCGUAUGACAGUGCACAACCCCCCCUCCCCCUCAUUUGUCAUGCAAAAACCCAAAUCCAGUUGCUACCUUUUGGCACCAUGUGCAUGACAAAUUCCACAAAUUCAAACAGUACUACACUCGGCACAUGAACUUGUCAUGCACAGGGUCCACUUGUACUGGUGUUUGUAAUGCGGUUGAUACCAUACAAAAACAAAUGAGGGGAAGGGGGGAGUUGUGCACCUUCAUAUGCCGGCACCAGAACGAGCACCAUAGCCAACGUGGACGGCGGAGCGGAAUCGAUGAAGGCGGAGACAACGAAUCUCGCGAGCGAAAAUAUCAAUAAAAGAAUCUCCCUCCCCAACGCUUUCCUCAAGGAAAUUCCUCAUCCAGGUUUAUUGUACAGAAGGCAGCUCCUGGUGGCUGCAUUUGCUUAUAAGAAGUGAAGGCUCGCCACAUGAAGGCAGAUCGAGGUUGUGAGGCUGGGUGGAGGCAUUGGAGUGUCAAAUAGGAGCUGCGGCCUUCAUCUAGUAGGGUGACACAUGCCUGUGUGCGGAAAUCAGCAACCCGUCCCACGCGUUUGGUCAGUAAGGGGUGGGGGAUUUUUCCUGACGAUAGGGAAAAACGGAGAAGAGCAGGCUGAUGAAACUGCGAAGUGAAAAUUGUCCUCUUUCCCGCACAUCAGUGUCUUGUGUAAUCUUCCUAUAAGCAUUAAGAGUUUCAUGGUUACUUCUGCAUGACAUUCGGCAACAAGCAUGCAUGCGCACUUUACUGGGAAGUUUGGAGGUCGAAAGAAGAGAAUUUGCAGUCCGCAGUUUCAACAUGUUUGGACGUCAUCACGAGGUGGAACAAGCGUUAAGUUUGUAUAACGUAACCACAAGGGGAUACUAUCAGUCUCCUAACACGUCGGAUGGCAUCUCCCCGGCCAUAGCAUGCCUUUCUGGGUUCAUGACUCAGGAACGUCGUCGUUGCUGCUUUUAUGACACCAUGAUCAAUAGAUAAACGAAGACGAGGCAUCAGCAAGAGCAGGAUACUUUCGUCACUCUUGAAACAAGCUUGCAAGGGCAAUUUCUUUCCAUAGUCAAUCGUUUGUGAUUCUCCGGAACAGGAACGCUGCUGGAGUCUGCGACCUGCUGCUUUGCUUGUGGUGAAACAACGAACCUUGAAGCAAGAGUAAAAAAUCAAAGCACGUUUAUUUGUCUUCAAUCUUGGCAUGCACACGCAGCAAUGGUGCAUUAGAGAGCUGCUAAUUACUGUUGACAGUUUAGUCACCCUACUAUUUUUCGAUAUUUAUUUGUUAUUUUAUGUAAUUGUUUGAGCUUCGACUUCAUCUUACCCCAAUUUGGCUCGAGAACGUCUUCUACUUUUCAAUGCUGCGGUCGACAGCAUCAAGACCAAUCAAAACCUAACCUGAAAAAAAACGUCAGAUGCUUCACGUCUUGAAACAAUGGUAUAAAGUAAGAACAAAAUAGAAAUAGUAUCGCCUCAAAGUACAAGGUGUAGACCGAACAGAAAAUAAUCAAAGCCACCUUUUCAACAAAACAGUAAAAGUAAAAGUAAUUAUAAGUAAACGACGAGGUGGAUGAAAAAAGUCCAGUUGUGUAUAAAUUCUCCUGGUGUAGUCACAAU